UAAACUUGUAUGUAUAUUGCUACACGUAUGUAGACGGAGAAUAGCUGUAUGUUUGAGUAGUACGACUCGAAUUCCAUAAGCUUUCGAGGUGGAAAGGUGACUAUUACUCAAAAACAUAGUCGCUAUUUCAUAUUCGUUUAAUAUUCUAUUUUAUAAAAACUAGAAAUAUUCGACUGCUAUCGAAUCCAGGAAAAUUUUGCAUGAUGAAUUUGUUAGGUUUCCUCACAUUUUGGAUAGUUUCAACUGAACUUUCAAUGGUUAAUGCAAAAAAUCUGCUGAAAUUAAGUGAUAUGAUUAACUCUCCAUUCAGCGGCGACAGCUAUAACGGCUACUGGAAGUCAGAUGUUGAAUUGGGCAAAUUUUUAAAGGGAAACUCUGUAGAAACAUAUAAUGUAGUAACCAAAAAAAAAGGUACAGCGCUUGAAGGAAGUUAUUAUAGUAAUUUCUCACUUUACUUGGACAUAGUUAGUAAUUCUGAUGAUCUACAAUGGACUUUGAUCCCACAUGAUUGCAUUGAGGUUUAUGCAAAUUCACACUUAUGUAUUACCACUGUCAUAGAAAUGAAAUCUGGUGUUCAGCACAUUCUUGCUGGUGGAGAACCUGUGCAAAUUGCUCGGUUUGUAACCAAAUCCAAUGCAGUUAUUUACGUGUUCAAAAAUGAUAUUUACUAUACAGAGCCGCCCUAUUCUCCCAAUACUGUUGUCAGGUUGACAUUGAAUGGAGUGCCAGGUGUUAUAUUUAAUGGAGUCUGCGACUGGGCUUAUGAAGAUCGGAUUUAUAAAAAAACUAAAGCAUUUUAUUUUUCGUCCGAUGGUGCUUUUAUGAGCUACCUUUCGUUUGAUGAUUCCAAAUUACCAACAGAACACUAUUCAAGUUAUUCGGCAUUUUUGAGUACAACUACUUAUCAAUAUGCGCACGACGUGGCGACCAGAAUGCCAAAGCCAGGAACUCCUAUCCCAGUGGCAAGUGUACAUAUAAUUUGUCUGAAGACUAAAAAGGAAAUCGUCAUAGAUGGCCUACAACCUCCUGUGGAUCUCGUGACAAAGGAGAACAUUGCUGUACAGCUGGACUGGGCAGAUGAAAAGAAUGUGGUUGUUGCAUGGGCCAAUCGCAUUCAGAACUAUGUUGUUACUAAUAUGUGUGAUGUUACAACCAGUAAAUGUCAAAAGAUUCUCGAGACCAAACAAACUAAUGGAUGGAUUCAAUACCCUACAUAUUAUUUCAAAACGGCAUCUUAUUUUGCAAUUAUUCUACCUCAGCCCCAAGGUAAAGCUGGAACUUAUCAGCAUUUGACCAUUGUAGAGAACGGAGUUCAAAAGCCGUUGACAUCUGGAUUGAGAACGGUUGAUUCAAUUGUUGAAUAUGAUACUGAACACUCCUUGAUCUACUAUCUCGCUACUAAUCUGACAAACGUGAACAGCCUUCAUUUGUAUGUGAUCAAAGAUGAUGGAUCGCAACCUGAAAAGUGUCUCUCCUGUGAUAUCUGUCCAGCAUCUGUUGAAGCCUCUAUGAGUACAAAUAACUCUUACUUUAUAUUAAAUUGUAAAGGACCUGGCCCUGCUACUUACAAUGUUUACUCCAAUACUGGAGAGUUUGUCAUGGAAUUGAUAAACAACACUGAAACGAAAGAGAUGCUGCAGCAGCUUCUUUUACCAACUUCAUAUAAGUAUGAAAUAACUUUGGCCGACGGUGUGAGCAACGCAUCUGUUUAUCUCAAACUACCUCCAAACUUUGAUGAAACCAAAAAAUACCCAUUUAUGCUGAAUAUAUGGGGAUUCCCUGAUGAUAAGCAGGUUAAAGAUGAGUAUUCCCCUCCAGAUAUAUGUGAUUAUUUGGCAACAGCAAUGGAUGUGGUUGUGGUGAGCAUUGAUGUCAGAGGGAGCUCUGGCAGAGGAGAUAGCUACACUUUUUCUAUCUAUAAGAAAGCAGGUCAAGUUGAAGUUGAGGACCACAUUUUUGUGACCAAAGCACUGAUGAAGAAACACUCGUACAUUGAUCCGCAACGCAUUGCAGUCUUUGGAAUUGGCUAUGGAGGAUGGAUUGCUACCAUGAUUCUAGCGAGAGACACCGAAAACAUUUUCAAAUGUGGAAUAGCCAUGAAUCCAAUCACAAAUUUCAUGUAUUUUGAUGCCUUUUAUACUGGGAAACUCUUGGGUUUGCUCGCGGAUAAUCCAGCAGGCUACAACUACACUGAUGUUACACAGCUUUAUGAGGGCUUUAGAGGGAAGAAGUAUCUGCUGAUGGCAGGGACAUUAGCUGCUGAAUCUCUGUAUCUGCACAGUGCGGCCCUUGCUAGGAGUUUGCAGAUGAAUCUUGUUCCUUUCCGAUUCAUGCCUUUCAUCGAAGAAGACUUUCCUGACGCAGAUUGGACAAUUGUGAACAAUGCAAUCUUCCUCGUAAUGGAAGUGGUGCAGUUCUUGUCGGAAUUCUAUGGAGUGGAACCAAAAAGCAAAGCCUGACAAUGGAAUGUUCAAUGUCUACCGUCGGACUUCAAUCAUUCAAUACUAUCAUUAUAAUUAUUAUCUAUUUAUUAUAGUCACAAGGGUUUUUCACGAUGCUGAGUUAGCUAUCUAAGGGCCAUAUGCACCAUCUACAUUGAACGCUGAACCACAAUUACCUACUGGUCACAUUCAUUCUGAUUAGUUACAUUCCAGGUUUAAAUGAUCUGAUGAUUUAUCGCGGUUUAAACUGAGAUGGUGCAUAUGGGCCUUAGUCGAGCUAUUUGUUAAUUGGAAUAAGCUUUUUCUGUAAUGUACUAUAUUAUAAAUCAAUGAACUAUA